GCCUUGUCGUCACUUCUGUACAAAAUUCCCCUCUCCUCCCCUCUCCCGAAAUUGGUCAUAGCGUAUGAAAAUUCCAUGUCAAUCAAUCACUUCCGAUUAGAAACUGAUUGGACUUCUAUUUCAGGUUAUGGUCAUGUAGCUCCAGUUACAUUUUAUGGACGUCUGUUUUGCAUUGUUUAUGGUUUGGCGGGGGUACCGCUGGCACUUCUCACCAUCGCCGACCUGGGAAUGUUCCUUACCAUGGUUUUGAAGAAAGUCACUGCUUCGGUUUACUUUUGCGUGCAUUAUUUAAUCAAGUGCUUGCGAAGGGUAGGAUUACCUUUGGCUAUCUACACUGCUAGGGAUUUGAAAGUUGUUGAUGAAGAAACCGAUGGAGAAUCAGAAGAUGCCAUUGAACCCAGAAAGACUGGUGAAGCAAUUGCAUUGGGCGUGACGUUCAGUCUUUACCUAAUACUGGGUGCGAUGAUACUGGCAGCUUAUGAGCCGGAAAUGGACUUCUAUAAAGCCUUCUACUUCAAUUUUGUAACAUUGACCACAAUUGGACUGGGUGACUUUGUUCCCAAAAGUUUUGACUACCUCUACGCCACCCUUGGUUACAUCGGGAUUGGCCUGGCUCUAACUACUAUGGCAAUCGACCUUGCUGCUGAUUUGUUGCGUAAACUUCACUAUGUUGGUCGAAAGAUGGAUGAUAUGUCCAAUGUUGUUGUAUGGUUUGGAGGCAAAAAAAUGACAAUGAAAAGUCUAGUAAAAAAUUUGGGAGACCAGUUCAACAUUCCUGAGGGCGAGAUGGCCAACUUUAACCUCGAACAAUUUGUUGAAGCCGCUAUGAAAGUGGAAGCAGGGGAGAUCAAAACUCUCAGGGUAGGUACUUCAGAGCUACAGCGAGAUUGCGAACUCGAUAAAGGAUUCGGCGCUUUUAAUACCCUUGGGCAAUCUGGCUUUUCAUAUACAGGGUGUUCCAAAAGUAAGUACACACUUCUU